AUGAAGGAGGGUGGUGUUUCCUUAAUCUACCCCAUGCUGACGGCGAUGAACUACUCCACCUGGUCGAUCAAGAUGGAGGCAAACAUGGAUGCACAAGGCAUCCCGGAUGCCAUCGAGCCUGCGGACGAGGAGGCCGUGGACGUCAAGAAGGACAAGCUGGCUCGUGCGUGCCUCUUCGCAGCUGUUCCCGACGAUGUCCUGCAGCAGAUUGCCAAGAAGAAGACAGCCAAAGAGGCUUGGGCGAGCCUCGAGACAAGAUUUCUUGGCGUUGAUCGAGUGAAGAAGGCGCGUGUGCAAACCUUGAAGAGUGAUUUUAAGGACCUGCGCAUAAAGGAAACUGAGUCCAUCGACAAGUUUGCCGGCAAAAUCAGCAGCCUAGCAAACAAGUUGAGUGACCUCGGUGCAGCCAUGGUGGACGGUGAGCUCGUCAAGAAACUACUCGACUCAGUGCCUGAGAAGUUUUUGCAGAUCAUCGCAGCGAUCGAGCAGUUCUCCUACUUAGACACCAUGCUGUUCGAUGAGAUGAUUGGGCGCCUCAAAGCAUACGAGGAAAGGAUCCGCAAGCACGACGACAAGCGUGAAGAGCAGCUGCUUCUCGCCUUCAACAACUCAAGUGGUGGUGGCCGCAAGAAGAAGUUUGACAAAGCCAAGACGAUGUGCUAUAGGCGUCAAGAAUUGGGGCACUUUGCGUAUGAGUGUCCGGAGAAGAAGAAGAAAACGGAGGAGGCUCUGCUUGCCAGUGCGGACGCCGACUACGAAUCUACCCUGCUGUGA